AUGCCAGGCAAAGAGUGCAAUGCCUGCCAAACACAAUCAAGUUGGAAGAUCGCGCUAAGAGGCUUCCUCCUCUUGGAGACCAUGCGGGGAAUGGACUUCAACCAGGUGGUCGGGCGCUUCGGCGACGGUUCGCCUGUCCGGCUCUCCAGCUUCAACUACUUCCAGUUCGAUGGCAGCGACAGCGAAAUUUGGGAUCCCACGUUCCUGGCCCGACUUGCCUACGAGGGCUUCUUCACCAUCACCACAGCGAGGAGAAGACAGCGUGAGCCACUGCCUGAGCUGCAGCCUUUCUACGGCGUGCUCGAUUGGCACAACUUGAACCGGUCGAAGCACGUGAACAAAGCUCUGAGACGUCUGGGGGCUGAAACACCCCGCCGGUACUUCCUGUACUGCGACCGAGAUCUUGAAGAGACCUACAAGCAGCUGGAUCGUUACCAGAAGGAGCAGCACGGGGAGAACUGGAUGACUUGGAAGUACGUGCAGGCUUUUCGGCGCGCCAGUGACGAUCCGAAGAUCAACUUCCGUCUCCACUCGAUCGAGCUUUACGACGGUCCGCGGCCGGCGGAAGAGCCUGCGGCUGAUGCGCCCAAGUUGAUCGCGGGUGAGAUUGGGUACUCCAUCGGCAAGGUCUACACGAGCUUGUCUGGAUUCAGUCUUCGCAGUGCGGAUGGCCUCGGAUGGAUGCAGCUCGCCUGCCUGGGCAAGUGGCUGGAGGAGAAGCGCUACGCUUUCUGGAGCUUGGGCCACUGCUACAGCCCGCACAUGGAGUACAAGCGGCAGCUGGGCCAUCGGAUCUACACCCGCGCCGAGUUCCUGGAGCGGCUGAAGCGCGAGCGAGGACCUUUCCGGUGCUCACCAGAUCAGCUUUCACAUCAGCUGGGAAAGGGCGAGGAGUUUGACGCCGACACUGUGCUGGCAGGCCUGCAGCGAUCCGACAAGUUCGCCGAGAGCCUUCUUGUGAGCGAUUGA